AUGAGAGCGCUUGCGGCUGCAGCUGUGGCACUGAUACCGCUCGGUGCGGCAAAGGAAGUCUUCACAGACAACCCGGUCUGCCUCCAGAACCACUGCAUCAACCCAGUAUUCCCAGGCCUCGAAGACCUUCAUCGACUCAGUAACUCGACGAAGUGGUACUGCACGACCAUGGAAGACACGGCACUCUCCAUCGGCUUCUGUAAGGGGGCGAUUGACUACGAUAUCGCAGUACCAGAACCUCAGAGUGCCGAAGAGAAGAGCGUGGCAGCUUUGGUCCGAAAGCAGGAUCGCGCGGCCAACACCGCUUACUUUACUCAUUUGGCUGGACUGGGCAAGGACGCCUGGGACUAUCCCAACCCCCAAGAUGCAGACGACUGCAUCCAAUCCAUCUGGAAGAUGGUUUGCUAUACCUACUUCCCUCGUGCGAAGGCCGGUUGCAGCCGGGGUAGCGAGACGGAGUACAUCCGGCCCUGCAUGAGCUCCUGCCAAAACUACGUGAAGUCCUGCGCCGUGCAAUGCUGCGAUGAGUCGGUGCAGUGCGUGUUUCACCACGAGAAGCCGCUGACGAAAACCACGGUCCUCGCAACUUCCGGCUAUGCCCCUCAUGAUGGGCCCUCAGCCUUUUGCACCGGAGCUGCACACCGGUCUGCCGGACCCGGCAUGGCCUUGCUCGCGGCAGUGCUUGGGGCUUUUGCCAUCGACGGGAAGUCAAGCCGCUUCUGCCUCCUUGCGCUCUUGGCACCACUUGCUCUGACGCUUCAGGGUUGCAGUACCUGCGAGGUUUUGGGGCAGGCCAUGGGCCAGUUCGUGAACGCCCACACCGUGGGGAACUGGCGCCAGCAGGAUGACUACCUGGUAACCUACCAGUUUGUGCCUCCAGGAGCCUCCUCGAGAGAAGCCGUCCUCAACUCCUGCUCUUUGCCUGGACUCUCUCCGACGCUGCAGUGCAGUGGACAUGGUGGCUGCCAUUCUUGGGAGAAGACGUCUGAGAGCAACCCUACCCCAUUCUGCAAAUGUGAUUCCGAGUGGGCCGACCCAGAGUGCCGAACGAAGAGGAAGUCUCAGACCACCGCAUACUUCCUGGCCGUAUUCCUGGGAGUGAUCGGCGCAGAUCGCUUCUACCUGGGCCUGACCUACUCCGCAUGGCUCAAGCUCAUCACGCUCGGCGGUUUGAGCAUCUUCUGGAUCACGGAGAUUCUGAUCACUGGCUCCGCACCUGUAAAUCUUCAGAAAGACCUCCGAAGCUGGUCCGGCAUUUGCAAGGUCUUGGUCUUCUUCGCUCUUUCGAGUUGGUACGUCCUCGACAUCGUCCGCACCGGUUCCGCUCCGAUAGAGACAUCCGGCUUCAAGACGGCACCAGACUUCCCGCGAGAGGUUUUCGUGGCCUGCACGGUCUUCGUGGCGAUGUUUGCUGGAUUCUUGUGGGCCUUUCUGAGUGUUGUGAGUGACGUCACGGCCAAGCGACGCAAUCUUUGGCUGAUGCAAGGAACUUCUGAGCCGAGCGUGGGAUCACAUCGGGAAGGAGCGAAGGCAAAGUCCAUGAUGCGGAGACUGGUCACAGAGCUACAGACCCAUCUGAGACUGACGUCAACCGCCAGUCGCUCUUCUUUGCCCACUUCGCCGUAUUUGCAGCUGCUGUACAAGAAGCUGGUGGCACCGCUGCAGACUGCAGAUCCAGACGCCCCCGAGGAGGCUGUGGUGAAGACGGUUGGUGUCCUGGACGCCUAUGGCCUCCGCAAGGACGCCUCACUUGAAGGGGUUGCUUGGGGGGGUGACUCUGUCGGCAUGAAGAUCAAGGCACAGCUUGGCACUGCUUCGUUGAUUUUUCUGCUUGAGCGAAGCCAGGUACUCCAGCGAAGCGAGCAGGACUACCUGGGCGCGACGUCGAGAGACAUCACGCGCCACUUUCGCAAUGCGGACCCAGACUUGCAUCCCUUUGAGCGUGCUCGAGAGUACCAGCGAGCUUUGAAGGCGGUAAAGAUGGAGAAGAUCUUUGCCAAGCCGUUCGUAAAGGCACUUGAUGGGCACACGGACUCUGUCAAGUGCAUGGCGAUUGCACGGCGGAUGGCUGCGCCCUUGCUGAGCGGAAGUUGUGAUGGGGAGCUUCGACUUUGGGACAUGCAGUAUCUUCGCUGCGGGACCUCUGUCUCCAAAGCGCAUGAGGGCUUCGUGCGCGGCGUCACCAUGAGUCCCGAUGGACGGAAAGCGUUCUCCUGCGGCGACGACAAGGCAGCCAAGAUGUGGAGCAUCAAGCCCAAAGCUUCCGUCAUCUCGGAGGAAGCCGAGGCGGUGUACAACAUGGCCUACAUUCCAGGGGCCAUCGAUCACCAUUGGCAGCGGCCUAUGUUCGUCACGGUUGGAGACACGGUGGAUGUGUGGGACUACAAUCGGUCGACUCCACUGAGCUCCUUCGAGUGGGGUUGCGAGCGGGUCAUCACGGGCCGCUUCAAUCCUGCGGAGCCUUGUCUGCUGGCAUCCACGGCGGUGGACAGGUCGAUAGGCCUCUACGAUCUACGUGGGAACGCCUCGAUCCGGAAGGUCAUUUUAAAGAAUCGGUCCAACGGUAUCUGCUGGAAUCCAAUGCGCCCGAUGAGCUUCACCGUGGCGAACGAAGAUUGUAGCUUGUACACCUUUGACAUGCGCAAGCUCUCAGCAGCAAUGUACAGACAUUGGGACCACGUCAUGGCCGUUCUGGAUGUGGACUACGCCCCGAACGGCCAAGAGUUUGUGUCGGCCAGCUAUGACAACACCGUCCGGCUCUGGAAUUGCACGGCGCAGAGAUCCAAGGAGGUCUACCAUGGAAAGCGAAUGCAGCGAGUGCUUUGCUGCCACUUCACCCCAGACGGCAGGUUCGUGCUCUCUGGCUCGGAGGAUACGAACAUUCGGGUCUGGAAGGCCAAAGCUGAUCAGAAGCUUGGCGUGUCAACGCCUCGCGAGAAGAGAGCAGAGGCAUACAGAGAAACUCUGAAGAAAAAGUUUGCACGGAUGCCGGAGAUCGCUCGCAUCAAGCGACACAGGCAUGUCCCCAAGAUGAUCAAGUCGAUGGGGAAUAAGCGGCGCAUCAUGAGGGAGGCGAAACAGCGCAAGGAGACAAAUCGCAAGAAGCAUUCGAAGCCGGGAAGCGUCGUUCACGAACCCAUGAAGAAGCGGCACAUCCUCAAGGAGUUGGAGUGA